AUGACGGUUACAAGAUUCCAGUGGAGCAGGUUUGCAGAACUUUGCUGUGGCAGCGCAGCCCUGGUCACAGUCUUGUCCAAAAAUCUCUUUGUUGACGGCUCUGGCUUCUCACCAUCUCCUCCUAUCCAGCUGCUCAGCAUGAGGCGACAAAAUUCAUGUGGCCCAUGGAUUAUUACCACCUGCGGUGCCACUGGACCUACAGGACCAACCCAAGCCCAGUGCAACAAUGCCUACAGGAACAGUAAUAUCUCAGUGGUCAUUGGAACCAAAGAGCCUUGGAGAGGAAUCCAGAAGUGGAGAGUGCCUUCGACUGACACGUACAUGAUAUCAGCCUACGGAGCCGCUGGGGGCAAAGGAGUAAAGAACGACUUUAAGAGAUUCCACGGCAUCUUGGUGUCAGCCACCUUCGAGCUGCAGAAAAACGAGAUUCUUUACAUUCUGGUCGGACAACAAGGAGAGGACGCCUGCCCCAACGCCAAUCCCAUCAUCCAGAAGGUCUGCAAGGGGGAGAGUAAUGUGAUCGAGGAGGAGCUGAGAGCAAAUGGGAGUGUGACGGAGUGGGCAGGAGGAGGGGGAGGCGGCGGAGGAGCAACUUAUGUCUUCAAGAUGCAGGGCAGAGAGCCUGUGCCCCUACUGAUAGCAGCAGGCGGAGGGGGCAAAGCUUACCUGAGCAAAAGCUACCACUUCUUUGAGGAGAUGCUGGAGAAUGACUCCUUCGUUCCAGGAUUGAAUGGAAAGUCAGGUGCUGCAGGAGGUGGCGGUGGCUGGAGUGAUAUCGCCACCCUGCUCUGGUCCGGCAAAUCCGUGAGGGAAGGUGCUGAAGGGGGUGAAUCGUGCCCCCAGGCCAUCAGGAAGUGGGGCUGGAGGACACGAGGGGGCUUUGGAGGAGGAGGAGGACCUUGCUCGGCAGGCGGAGCUGGUGGUGGCUACAUAGGGGGCAAUGCAACGGAGACCAAUGACAUCGAAAAAGAUGGUGGCUAUGGCGUGUCGUACGUUAGCUCUCUCGGAGUCCUCUACACGCCACCACUGGCAGCGACAGAGAGCCACGGUGAGGUUCAGAUUGCGCUGCAUCUGAACUGCAGCCACUGUGAGUCCAAUGAGUGUUUGCUUGACUACGACAACGGGGAAGUGAUGUGUUACUGCGAGCAUGGGAAAGUACUGUCUCCAGAUGGCAUCUUCUGCAUUGCGAAAGUCCUUCCCGAAGGCCACCUCCCGCUUUCCCUGGUACUUUCCGUGGUGUCGGCUGCUGUGGUGGCAGCUUUGAUUCUCGCCUUCUCUGGGACCAUGAUCGUGUAUCGCCGAAAGCACCAGGAGCUGCAGGCAUUGCAGGUGGAGCUGCAGAGCCCCGACUACAAGCUCAGCAAACUGCGCACCUCCACCAUCAUGACCGACUACAACCCCAAUUACUGCUUUGCCGGGAAAACUACCUCCAUCAGUGACCUUAAAGAGGUUUCCCGCAAAAACAUCCUCCUGAUCCGGGGAUUGGGUCAUGGAGCCUUUGGUGAGGUGUAUGAAGGCCAGGUGACCAGUAUCCCUGGGGAACCCAGCCCUCUACAGGUAGCAGUGAAGACUCUGCCUGAGAUGUGUUCGGAACAGGAUGAGUUGGAUUUCCUGAUGGAAGCCCUGAUAAUCAGUAAGUUCUGCCACCAGAACAUUGUACGGUGUAUCGGGGUCAGCCUGCAGGCCCUCCCACGCUUCAUCCUGCUGGAGCUGAUGGCAGGCGGUGACAUGAAAUCCUUCCUCCGAGAGUAUCGGCCCAAACUGGGGCAGCCGUCAACCCUCAGCAUGUUAGAUCUGCUCAACGUGGCUCGUGACAUCGCCCGGGGCUGCCAGUAUCUGGAGGAGAACCAUUUCAUCCAUCGCGACAUCGCCGCCAGGAACUGCCUGCUGACGUUCAAGGGUCCAGGGCGAGUGGCCAAGAUCGGGGACUUCGGGAUGGCUCGCGACAUCUACAGAGCCAGUUAUUACAGGAAGGGUGGCCGAGCCAUGCUGCCAGUCAAGUGGAUGCCCCCAGAGGCCUUCAUGGAAGGAAUAUUCACGUCAAAAACAGAUACUUGGUCUUUCGGAGUGCUGCUGUGGGAGAUCUUUUCACUAGGCUACAUGCCUUACCCCAGUAAGAGCAACCAAGAGGUGCUGGAGUUUGUCACCAGUGGCGGCCGGAUGGAUCCACCCAAGAACUGCCCAGGGCCCGUGUACAGGAUAAUGACCCAGUGUUGGCAGCACCAGCCGGAGGACAGGCCCAACUUUGCGACAAUACUGGAACGGAUUGAAUAUUGCACACAGGAUCCUGAUGUUAUAAACACUUCUUUGCCAGUGGAAUACGGGCCGGCAGUGGAAGAGGAAGGCAGUGUUCCGAUGCGACCCGAUGAUCCCGAGGGGAUGUCCCCUCUUUUGGUUUCACCGGCGGCUCAAGAGGCCAAGGAUGGAUGUGUCGCGCCCGAGCCAGAGCCCAUGCCUCAGCGUCCAAUCAGCCUGUGCCUGGCAGAGCAUCAGAUCAAGCCAGCCCAGAGCGACAACAGCGUCUCCAUCGCCACCAUCGCUGCUCCCCCCUCCAUCGUUGUACAGACAGGGGGGCCGGGGGCUGAGCCAGGGUUUCAUUCUGCCAAGGGCUACUCGCAAAUGAACAGCUCGACUGCUUUGCAGCAGCCCAGGGGCUCCCUGAACAAACCGACCAACCUCUGGAACCCUACCUACGGCUCCUGGUUCACAGAGAAACCAACCGCUCACAGCAACAACAGCGCUUUGACUGAUAAAAGGCCGCCUGAGAGGGAAGACUCUGGUGUCAAAGGCAACCUGCUGGCCCCUCCCGCUCCUCCCUCUUCCUCUUCCUCCGCCCCAGUUCCGGUCCCCAGACCCCCGCCGGCCUCCGCCCUUUUGUUACAACCUUCCUCGCUUGCGGCCGUCACAUCGGACGUGCCUCUCUUCCGGCUGCAGCACUUCCCCUGCGGCAACGUGAGUUACGCCUACCAGCAGGGCUCCCACGCCCAGCCCCUGGCAGCCUGCGCCGUCUGCAAGGAGGAUUGCAUCCCGCGAGUUAACAAGGGUUUGCCUACCGAACAGGACCCACGAGUGCACCCUAUGGCUGACUUACCCACCUGGGACUCGGGACUGUCCCUGGCCGAGGAUGUAAACGUUACUGUACUUUAA